AUGUCGCCACAUAGUACAGAUGGAUGCUCAUCAACCAAUGGGGGAAGCAAGACCAAAGCUGUGAACGGUAUGCUGGACAUGCCGAACGAAGAUAUCGCGCCUGUAAAUGGCAAGCAACAGUCACACCCGGUGCCCAUCGCCAUUUGUGGCAUGGGAAUGAGGCUCCCCGGUGGUAUCAACAACGCGUCAAAAUUAUAUGAUUUUUUGAGAACAAAGAAAGAUGCCCGACAGCCGAUCCCCAAGGAUCGAUUCGGCAAUGAUGGCUUCUACGAUCCUCACAGGCGUCCCUGCAGUCUGCCUAUUGACCAUGGCUACUGGCUUGAUGAUGAGGACUUAACUCGGUUUGACCCCUCUCUUUUUUCAAUGAGCUUGGCCGAGGUGGAGAAACUGGAUCCUCAGCAGCGCGUACUUCUCGAAGUGGUGCGAGAAACAUUUGAAAACGCUGGUGAAACUGGCUGGCGGGGAAAAAGCAUUGGUUGCUAUGUGGGAAGCUUUGGUGAAGAGUGGAAUAAUAUCCAUGCGAAGGAUAGCCACAACCGUGGUUUCCUUUCCAUCACAGGUUAUAUGGAUCUGACUCAGGCUAACCGGAUUUCUAUGACCGUCCGUGUUGGCUGCUCUGGGGCCGGCCUGGGCCUCCAUUUAGCCUGUCAGGCGAUCCAACUGGAAGAGUGUUCGUCAGCCAUUGUGGCUGGGUCGAGUGUCAUCCUCUCUCCUGAAACCACAAUCCUCAUGGCCGAGGGUGGCGCCCUUUCCCCUGAUGCGUCGUCCAAAACAUUUGACGCUAGCGCAAACGGCUAUGCGCGGGCGGAUGGAGUAAAUUGCCUGUACAUCAAGCGACUGGAUGAGGCCCUCCGUGAUGGGAACCCCAUCCGGGCCAUUAUUCGAUCGACAUGCACCAACAGCGAUGGCAAAUCACAAGCGCUGACGGUCCCGAACAUCGACUCCCACGAAGCAUUGAUUCGGUCUGCCUAUCAAUCAGUGGGCGAUCCUUCGCAGACGGCGAUGGUUGAGUGUCAUGGCACAGGCACUUCUGUCGGCGAUGCGAUUGAGGCCAAUGCAGUGGCAAGGGUAUUCGGUGAUCAUGGAGUAUACCUUGGCGCAGUCAAACCAAACCUGGGCCACUCGGAAGGCGCGUCUGCAAUUACCAGUAUCAUGAAGGCUGUUAUAGAAUUAGAAAACCGUAUUAUUCUCCCCAACAUUAAAUUCGAAAAGCCCAACCCCAAGAUCCCAUGGGAGAAAGCUCGUCUGAGGGUUCCGACUGAGCCAAUGCCGUGGCCAGAAGAUCGUCUGGAGCGAAUAAGCGUUAACAGUUUCGGAAUCGGGGGUACAAAUGUGCAUGUUGUAUUGGAUUCUGCUGCAUCUUACGGAUCGUCCAACGCUCAGUCGCAACUCGAACCCGAUAUGACAAAGGUGCACCCGACCCUCCUGUUCUUGUCCGCCGGCCACGAGAAUUCUCUAAGGCAAAUGCAAGAUAACUUUCUUUCGUAUGCCCAAGAGCAUGUGGACCAGCUGGAUGAUCUAGCUUAUACCCUUGCCUAUCGGAGGGAGUCUCUCCCAGUGCGAGGGUUUUGCGUUACCGAUGGGGCAGACAAUUGCGUGGUAUCUGCACCAUUCAAAGCUCCGUCGCCACAGCGGAUUGUAUUUUGUUUUACUGGACAAGGAUCCCAAUGGCCUCGAAUGGGUUAUGACCUUAUGAUGAGAUAUCCUGAGUUUAUGCAGGAUAUCCAUGAUAUGGACAAGAUUCUCCAGCGACUGGAUAAGCCUCCCAUCUGGACCUUGGAAGAUGAGCUUCAGAAGCCUAAGGAAGCAUCGUUGAUUAACCAAGCAGAAUACUCGCAACCGGCUUGCACCGCCAUUCAGAUUGCAUUAGUCAACCUGUUGAAACGAUGGGGUAUCGUUCCGGCAGGGGUGUUCGGUCACUCAAGUGGCGAGAUUGCCGCCGCAUAUGCCGUGGGCACGAUAUCCAUGGAGGAUGCCAUUAUUGUUGCCUACUACCGAGGAUAUGUGUCAAAUCUGCAGAAAAGGCCAGGGGGAAUGGCCGCUGUCGGCCUGGGACGCGCGGAGAUAUCUCCAUGGUUGGUGCCAGGCGUUAUCAUUGCGUGCGAGAAUAGUGGAUCCAGUGUCACCAUCUCAGGGGAUUCCGAACCGUUGAAAGCAGUGCUUCAACAAAUUCAUGUUGAUCAACCUGAUGUCUUUCAACGAAUGCUUAAGAUCGAGAAAGCGUAUCACUCAGACCAUAUGAAAGAGGUCGGUGAUUUAUAUCACGACCUCAUUGCAAACCAUCUACACCCUAAAGAACCAUUGAUACCUUUCUUUUCUACCGUCACGGACACUGUUCAACAGAAGGCGUCGCAGUUCGGCGCUCGAUACUGGCAACGCAACCUAGAGAGUCCCGUCCUCUUUUAUCAGGCAUGCAAAAGGAUCCUCCAAAGGGAGGAGCUGCGUGAUUGUAUACAUUUGGAGAUUGGCCCUCAUUCUGCUCUCGCCGGUCCUUUGCGACAAAUCUUCGUUGAGCAGAAUGCUUCUAACCCGUACCUGUCCGUGUUAAAGCGAGAUGGAGACGGAAGGACUUCAUUUUUGAGUUGUCUUGGAGAGCUACAUUGCCGGGGGGUGAGCAUCACGUAUCCAACUUGCUCAUCCCCUUAUAGACCCCUUUGUGACUUGCCUUCAUAUCCUUGGCACCGUGAGACAGCAUACUCGGACGAGACUCGAGUCAUGAAGAAUGCCCGGUUCCGCAAAUUUCCACCACAUGACCUCCUCGGCAUCAGAACCAUCGAAAACAGUGAUGUUGAGCCCGUGUGGAGGGGGAUGCUACGUCUGAGUGAUGUUCCGUGGCUCCGGGAUCACUGUGUUGGAAACGAUAUCAUUUUCCCUGCGGCUGGAUACAUCGCGAUGGCGGGUGAAGCCAUCAGACAGUUGACGGGUCUAGAUGACUUCACAGUGCGCGAAUUGUCUAUCAAGACAGGAAUGAUCCUCGAACCGAACCAGCCAACUGAAAUCAUCACCAGCCUUCGCCCGCACCGGUUGACAGACUCUCUCGACUCGAAGUACUAUGAGUUUACUAUACAAACCUAUAAUGGAUCAACGUGGACGAAGCAUUGCUCUGGCUUGGUGAUAGGCGGUUGCGCCUCUCAAUAUUCGGACCGCAACGUCUCGUCAUUUCCUCGCGCUGUGGACCAAAAGCGAUGGUAUAAUGCUAUGGCGAGUGCUGGGCUGCGCUAUGGCCCUCGUUUUACAGGCCUAGGGAAUAUAUCCGCGGCAGUCAAUGAGUCGGCUUCGUUUUCGAUAGCUUCGGAUAAGAGAGACUCGACGGAGUCUCCUUAUGCCCUUCAUCCUACCACGAUAGAUCUCAUCCUCCAGUCUUGCAUAGUAGCCCUCUUCCGUGGCCAGCCCCGCCUCCUUCGUAAGCCCCUUCUACCCACAUUUAUCGACGAGAUCUAUGUUCGUGGUGGCACCACGGGACAGCCAAUUCAAAUUAACAGCUGGGGCUCGAUGGGAAAGACUUGUGCGGGAGGUCAAGCGCACUCUUACGCAAUCACGGCGGAAAGAGAGCCGGCCUUCUUUCUGAAGGGUCUCCAGUUCUCUGCCCUGGACAAUGAAGCUGACGCCGAAUCUAAGCCAUUGGAGACGGCACACCUGGUGUGGAAACCACAUCUCGACUUUUUCGAUUGUAAUGCACUAAUCACUCCAACUAAUGAUCCUGAGUUGAGAUCUGCCAACUCUCUCAACGAGCGACUGUUUCUACUUUGCGUCCUAGAUGCUGCAGAAUCAAUCCGCGAUGCCACUGUAGUGCAUGAUCACUUGGAUUCAUAUCGCACGUGGCUAUACAAACAGUUGGAUCGUGCGAAGCAGCCUGAUUAUCCUCUGGUACCAGAUGCACAAACGCUAGUAUCUUUGCCUCCAGAUCAGCGAAAAACCGAGAUUCAGAGCAUCCUCAGACAGGAUACCACCGGUAGCAUGGAUGCCACUCGAAAGGCCAUUUUCCGCUGCUAUGAGCAUCUGCCUAGUCUAUUAGAGGGCAGAACCGAUCCGCUAGAACUGAUGCAGCGCGAUGGCCUUCUUGCCGCCUACUAUGACUGUUUACAGGACAGGCACGAAUACAAGACCUUCUUGCAACUACUUGGUCACCUACGUCCGCAGAUGAGAAUUCUGGAGGUUGGAGCUGGCACCGGUGGCCUGACAGCGAAUAUUCUGGCCUGCUUAGGCUCGGAAAUGGGGCAGCAUCUGUAUCAGGAGUACACCUACACGGACGUGUCGCCAGGUUUCCUUGUUAAUGCCAAAGAGAGGUUUAAAGACCACCCCUCGAUUACAUAUGAUAUCCUCGAUAUAUCACAAGAUCCGAAAGAACAGGGUUUCCAAGAGGGGUAUUAUGAUCUGAUCAUUGCCUCUAACGUUUUCCAUGCGACACCGAGCCUUCAUGAGACGCUGACACACGCCAAGACGCUCCUUAAGCCAGGUGGCCGGCUGUUGUUGCAAGAGCUAUGCAAUACCUCUAAAUGGACCAACUUUGUCUUUGGUUUGUUUCCUGGAUGGUGGUUAGGUGCAGCUGAUGGCCGCGCGGACGAGCCCUUUAUUCAGCCGGAAGAAUGGGGCCGGAGACUACGUGGCGCAGGUUUCGAGGGCGUUCAAGCUGUUGGGCUCGAUGCUGAGCGCCCAUACCAGCUGAAUUCCAUGAUUGUGGCUCAAACCAGUGACCAUGUUAGUAUCCCUCCAGCCAAGGUGUCCCUUCUCUCCAUGGACCAGGUGCACCCGGCGGCUGUGGAAGUUGAAAAGCAUCUGCUUGCUCAAGGAUAUGGGGUAGACCACGUGCUAUAUGAUCAAGAAUUGCCUGAGGAGCAGGAUAUCAUUUCCUUUGUCGAUCUCGACUUCCCUUUCUUUGAUAACAUACCCGGGGAGAGGUUGGACAGCUUCUUACGCACCAUGGAAAGUCAUUCCUUGUCAAACAUAAUCUGGCUGACCAGGCCAGCCCAGAUUCAGCCGCAAAAUCCACGUUUUGCUCAGGUUCUGGGGAUGGCACGAACUCUCCGUUCUGAAUUGGGCCUGUCGCUUACAACUAUCGAGAUGCAAGACUUUGGCCCGGGCUCUUCCAAGGCCAUACUUGGCGUUUUGCGCGCUGUCCAGCGGCAGGCGAUGGACGAAAGCUCAUCUGAUUUCGAUCCAGACUACGAAUACGCAUGGUCUAACGGGGCGCUUCAGGUCAGCCGUAUGCAUUGGUUUUCCCUACCCCAGGCCUUGACAGACGACAUAAAAGACGAUUCAACAACCAGCUUAAACAUUGGUCAGCCGGGUCUCCUUCAUACUCUCCGUUGGGUGGCGGAGCCCUUGGAACAGCUGCCUUCCGAUGAAGUGCAGGUCAAUGUCCAGUCGGUGGGAAUGAACUUCCGGGACCUAAUGUGUGCCAUGGGUGUAGUGGAUGACCGUGACGGCAAUGGGAAUCCACUAGGUAUUGAUAGUGCUGGUCUGAUUACUUCAGUUGGGCAAGAAGUGACUGACCUGGAAGUUGGCGAUCGAGUAUUACUUAUCAGCCCCUCCAGGGGCGCUCUGAAGACGAAACUCCAAGUACCUCGUCAGCUUUGUGUCAAGAUUCCCCACAAUUUGAGCUUCGAAGAUUCGUGUACCAUGCCGACUGUAUAUCUCACCGUCCUGCGCGCUCUUCAUGAUAAAGCCAACCUCCAACGUGGGCAAACGGUUCUCAUUCAUAGUGCAGCCGGCGGAGUUGGAAUUGCGGCUCUUUACUACGCUAAAUCGAUCGGUGCGCAAAUAUACGCCACAGUUAGUACUGAGGAGAAAAUCACUUUUCUGGUCGAGACCAUUGGGAUCCCACGGCAGAAUAUCUUCUACUCUCGUGACUCCAGCUUUGUGGAGGAUAUCAUGAGAUCCACUGGCGAAAGGGGAGUGGAUGUCGUUCUCAACUCACUCUCUGGCGAUCUUCUGCAUGCCUCCUGGAAAUGCGUUGCACAGGGUGGCUGCAUGGUGGAGAUCGGAAAACGAGAUCUCUUAGGGAGAGGAAAAUUAGCACUCGAUCCCUUCCUAGAUAAUCGGACGUUCUUUGGAGUAGAUGUUGCGACCCUUCCCACGAUGGACAUUGACAGUGUUCAACGCCUGCUAGACAUGACAAUGAAACUCUAUGAAAAGGGCAACAUCCUUCCUAUUCACCCAGUUACCAUAUUUCCGGCUGAUCGUGUUGAAGAUGCCUUCAGAUAUCUCCAGAAAGGGCAACAUAUGGGGAAGGUCGUCGUCAACUUCCCCCAGGCGCUAGAUUUGUCACGGGCUCCAACUGUGCCUGACCUGUCACUGCGUCCAGACAAGGCGUAUUUGCUUGUUGGUGGUAUGGGGGGAAUCGGUGGUUCUAUCGCACGCUGGAUGGUUUCGAAUGGCGCGAGACACAUCGUCUUUUUAUCACGCUCCGCUGGCAAAAAGGAGGAAGAUAAAACCUUGAUGCAUGAAUUAACCGAAAUGGGCUGUAACGUGUUAGCAGUCGCGGGCGAUGUCUGUGACAUAUCAGCUGUCCGUAAUGCCGUCUCUGCAGCCCCUGCUCCAAUUGCGGGUGUCCUUCAACUCGCUAUGGUUCUGGCCGAUACUGGCGUGCUGCUGAUGGACAUUGAAAAGUGGAAUGCUGCAGUACAGCCCAAGGUACAAGGCACAUGGAAUUUGCAUGAGGCCUUGCCGUCAGACCUGGACUUUUUUGUCAUGGCAUCGUCACUGUCCGGCAUAUGUGGGUACUGGGGCCAGUCCAACUAUGCGGCAGCAAAUGCCUUUCUUGACGCAUUCGCCCAAUAUCGCCGUUCUCUGGGGAUGUCAGCCACCGCUAUUGACCUGGGAGCAGUGGACGAAGUCGGCUUUGUAAGCCGCAAUCUUGAAGUGCGUGAGAACGUCCAAAGGAUGCUGAACACAUUGAUUUCAGAGCAAAGCCUCUUGGACUGUGUCCAGCUCGCCAUUUCAAGGUCUAACCCAUCCACCAAACUGACCAUGGACGGAUUUUAUAAUCCAGGUCAGCUAGUCCAUGGACUGAUGUCAAUUGCAAGCACAGAAGGCCAAAGCAUCUGGAAGCGCGACCCACGCUUGGCUCUGAGCUACAAUCUGGAAACUGGGCAGUCAUCAACCGGAGGUGGCCGCGGCACUGGUGACGAAGCAUUGAAAGGCUUCCUUAUGGCCGUGCAGGAUAACCCGGGCAAACUUAACGAGUUGUCUAGCGCCUCAAUCCUGGCCCGUGAAAUUUCACGCCAAGUCUCUGUUUUCCUAAUGAGAUCUGGCGAUGAAGAAGUCGAUUUGGCACUUUCCCUGCCUGCGUUCGGGGUUGACUCAUUGGUGUCUAUUGAGAUUCGAAACUGGUGGAAGCAAACAUUGGGAGUAGACAUCAGUGUUCUUCAAUUGAUGAGCGGUGCAAGUUUUGCAGAUCUCGGCAACAGGGCCGUCGACCAGCUGAAGGAGAAAUAUAUGGGAAAAUGA